AUGGAACGCGCCAAAAUCGAUUUGUUACAAAAUUGCGCACUAUCCCUUGUGAAGGCUGUUGAUUCCUUGAAAGAAGCUCAUGGAAUUCAAAAUGUUUAUCUCGCUACUGAUUAUCCGGUCGGAGGUGGAAAAACCCAAUCAUCAACUUUCCACCUGUUAACUGAAGAUCAUCACAAGGCGAUGGAUAUCGUAAACUCAUCAUUAAAUGUCAAAACAUGGGUGUCAAUGGAUAUAUUUAGCAAUAUUCGAAAGAAUGAACUUGUGGAUAAAGAGUUUACGGGAGCUGGGUGA